GCCUGUAUGUAUAGAUGAAAUACACUGAGAUAGAAGACAGGACACUUACUAGAUCUACUGUACUGUAGACCUAAAUCACCCAAAAGACCUACGCCCAAACGCCUCAUACACAGGUUGUCCUGUCGAUACUGAGGAGAAUGAAGACCCCCCUAUGGGCCCUGUUGCUGCUGUGUCUCUGUGUUCCGGGACACUGUAGUGACUGCCAGGAGGACUGCCUGGCCUGUAGCCACAUCCUACCCCAGGAGAUCAACUUUAACACACUGGUAUGUCUGGUGGAGUGUGACAGUAACGUCUCCCCUGCCUUCAUUUGGGACCUGUGUCGCAAGGUCUUGGCACCGCCACAGUUACCAUUCCUGUCCAUAGGGGGCGCUGACAUGCUGAAACGGGCCCAGGAGGAGGUGGAGGCCAUGCUACCAGAGGAAGAAGAGGAACAGGGGGAUGAGGGGCUGAUGUACCCAGCAGCCCUGCAGAGGUUUGACCACGUGGCCCGUGCUCUGGGGACAGACGAGCUGGGCAGUGAGAGACAGCUAACCCUCGCCGAUGAUGCCUACACCUCCCAGCUGCCCCGGGAAAUGGAGGAAAUGGACGAGGAAGAGGGGGAUAGCGCGACAGAGAAAGAACAGGACGGAGCGGCAGGGUUAAGUCUGUCAAAGCGCUUUGGGGGGUUCCUGAAGGGAAGGCACGGCUACAGGAAAUUGAUGGGCCCUGGAAGGCCCUUGCAGAAGCGCUACGGCGGGUUCAUAGGCGUCCGGAAAUCUGCCCGCAAGUGGAACAACCAGAAACGCUUCAGUGAGUUCCUGAAGCAGUACCUGGGCAUGAGCACCCGAGCCAGCAAGUCCUACAACAGCUACUCCACUGACAUCACCCAACAGAACGAGGUGUAGCCAUGCCCAAAGCAACCGUAUCCCUGCCAUAACCUAGCAAACCCCAGACCCUCCCCUAAAUAUUCAAAUCCGUCACCACGGUGAUGAUUAAACUUCUGUUCUGAACACCUCUCAUGAAAAUCCACACUGGAGCAUUAUAGAUUCAGUCUUGUAUAUUUCUCAUUGAUAGCGAUAUCAACAUAUCAUGAAUAAAAGCUAAAAAAAAUAAAAAUAGUAAAAAAUACAAUGUAUACAGCUAUUAAUGGUUUAUCAGAGAAUCACUCUGGAUUAUUAUUAUAGUCACACAAACACACUUUAUUUGCUUUGCUUUUCCAUACUGUAUCUGUAAUGUAACUUUUCAAACAAAUUUUGCCUUCAUCAAUCUUGGCUAUUAGUAUUACAUGGGUAAAUUUAGUGGAAACUUCAUCGAUUUCAAUGACUUACUAGUGAAGUUUUCAUUGAUUUUCUGAACCAUCCACAAAGUUUCUAAACCCAGAGCCGCAACAUCGCGAGACUUCGGUAAACACUUUCGAAACAGACCAAGGUUUGGGGUUUGAGAAGUCAAUAAUGAGAUAAGUGAAAAAUUAUUCCUUAGAUGUUCAUUUAAACACUCUAAAGGCACAACCUAGAUUCGAGCCAAUGUCAUAAGUAGUUGAACAUGCUAUUACUCCAACCUCGUAAAAGUGACAAACUGGCACGUUUUUAUUUUCGUCAAAAACAACUGUAUAUCGAAGGAGUGCCUUUAAUUAGACAGGUUGCCCAUGCGCAAAUCUGCGCGAGACGACCGUUAGACCCGAUGACGUGUUUCUACGCCGGAGUUUAGCUAGCCAACGUCGCCAUGACAUCGCCUACAAGCGUUAUCGGGGAUGUCUUGGAGAAGCAGUUUCUGCCUAUCGAUAGGCUACUGUACUGCCGUUGGUACAUCAGUACAUGAGAGAGAGGGAGACUGUCUUUGGCGGAUCAGGGCGUCACUCUCUUUAUAGUGCUACCCUCUAGUGGCUGACCAAAAAUUAUCUUUCAGAUUUCCAAUUGAAAAUGUGCUAGUAUACGUUCAUGACUAUUUGAUAUAUAACACAAACUCAGUAUUGGGUGUGUGGAUGGCUCAAUCUGUAACCUAUUGACAUGUUCAGAACUUCUUAAUAUUCUCCAAACUUCAAUAUCAACCCUGAUAGUGUCUACUAUAAUUUGGUACAAAACAUCACAACAAACUAUUCCUACUGUAUAAGACUGCAGGAGGUUAUCCAUGCUCAUAUACAAAUGAUCCGUUGGCAAAGCUAAUGUUCUGAUUUGAAAUUAACCUUGGCGUGUGUUUGUUGAAGCAGACACAAGAUGUAGCCUACUGUAUGUAUGAACAGUGUUCUUUUUCGUCACAUUGUUAUUAUGUGAAACAAUUUUGUUGUGCAGUAUAAAACCUGUAAAUAGCAGAAAUUGAACAUAUCAAUAAAGAUAGUUUACUAUUUCUUUUGUGGCUUGUCAUGCAGCAAAUGAUUCUGUGUCUUGAGGUGUUUUGUUCCAAUGUUCUAGAAUGUUCACAAGAUGAUGACAUCAGUUUAUACUGUAUCAAUCCCACAACACCCCAUUUAUUACACAGAACAUUUCCAGACCAAUAUUGUCUUGUAUAAUAAUAAUCAUUAUCAUCAUCAUGUUCUCUUGAAUAAAAUCUCCUGUAUAGAUAGAUACAAGCCAAAAUGGAAAGCCUAGAGUAGUUUCCGUCAAAUAUUUUGGAGCAUAUUUAAAUAUAACUUUACAUCUAACUUAAAAGGCCCAGGACACAAUUUUUU